AUGGUCCACUACAUCCGCUUCCUGCGCACGCCGCAGACUCAUGUGGGCAAGAAGACGAAGACGGUUGACAUCGCGGCAGUGGUCGCCCUCACCACCGAUCUCGGUGAUGCCUACUACGCCCAAGACAUCGAUCUUGUGGUUGAAAUCGUAGAAGCCAACCGUCCUCACGCCGUCCUCCAUUCUCACACCUUGCCCUGGCAAGCGUCUUCGAGGGCUUUGAAAUUCACCGUCCACUGUCCCUCCACGUACACUUCUCGGUCGGCACGGCUCCAUGUAACAACCAAGGCGACCCAAAAUGCAUUUAGUCUCUUCACCGUGCCCAACAUUCUUGACGUUUGGAGCCCAGUGUUUGUCUUGUCUGACAAGCAGCGCACGGAGCCGGUGGUGGAACGAGAUCUCCUGCUUCCUAACAAGAGCCAUAUUCGCAUGUGGGAGGAGACGGGUGACAGCAUUGCGCGACACGUGUGGGAUGCCGGCCUCGGCUUUCUGAUGUAUUUUGCCCAAGCCCUGUCACCGUCCUCAGCUACGGGCAUGUCCCGUCUGACGUCGCUGAUGAGGUCCAGCAAGGCAAGGCGACUAAAGGUGCUGGAACUCGGGGCCGGCUGUGGGAUUGUCGGCGUGGCCUUUGCGCAGCUGGUCAAGUGUGACAUGCUCCUCACCGACUUGGAGGAUGCUCAGGAGAUUCUGGCCAGCAACCUUCGCUGUGCCUCGCCCAUGGCGGGAUCGACUCUCCGAUGCGAAGUGUUGGACUGGUCUACAGGGGUUGAGGAUAGCUGCAAUGCGAAAUACGAUCUCGUUUUGGUUUCCGACUGCAUCUACAAUCCAGACAGCAGUCUUCAUCUGGUAGAGACUCUCAGACAGCUGGCCACUCGUACCCCGGGCUUAUUGAUUCUGGUGGGAUUCAAACGACGACACCAGGCCGACACCAUCUUUUUCGAGCGCAUGCAGCAGACCAACUUUGCCAUUGUCGAGCAAGUGAACAUUCCAUUGCCUCAUACGCUCACCGACCAUGACGCCGACGUUCCUACCGGCGAGUUUUAUACCUAUUGUCUCCAACCCACUCUGGCCAGACCGGGCUGA